ACAGACUCCACACACAGGACACACAGUAGUCACUCACACACACUAUAUAAAUAUUCCAUAGUCAGAGCUUAAUUACGCACCAAAAAAAGAAAAAAAGUUUUGUAAUUGUCACAAGCUUCUAUUAAUUAAGCAUCCAGGAGCAAAAGAAGAAGAAGAAGAAGAAAAUCUGUGGUUGAUGGCUUCUGAAGUGGCGGAGAAAGAACGCAAGAUUCUGGUUGCAGUGGAUGAAGGGGAGGAGAGCUCCUAUGCUUUGUCAUGGUGUCUCUCCAACAUUGUCAAUGAAAAUUCCAAAGAUACCCUUGUCCUCGUCUAUGCCAGGCCACCUAGAGCUGUUUACUCUACCCUUGAUGGAUCAGGUGAGGAAGACCACCUCCCAGGGUAUUUGUUCUCUUCUGAUAUAUUAGCCUCAAUGGAGAAGUAUAGCCAUGAAGUUGCAGAAUGCGUUCUUGAGAAAGCCCACCGAAUAUGCAAGGAUUUUAAUGCCAUUAAGGUGGAGACUAAGGUGGGGCAUGGAGAUCCAAGGGACAUCAUUUGUCAACUGGCAGAGAAAUUAAACGUGGACUUGGUAGUCAUGGGAAGUCACGGCUAUGGGCUCAUCAAGAGGGCAUUUCUUGGAAGUGUGAGCCAUCACUGUGCACAGAACCUCAAGUGUCCAGUUCUGAUAGUGAAAAAGCCCAAAUCCCAUGAUGGAAACUAGUUGAUAAAUCUCCUUUCUGUCCUUUUGGUGGAUCAUUUACUCCUUGUAUAGCAAGUUUUCUUUUCUUUUCUUUUUUUUUGCAAAAAUAACUUCUAUGUUGUUUUUCCUGUUUAACUUACGGUACUUUUUUUUUUUUUUUGAAACGUUAGGAUGCUUUCAUUGAUUUUCUAAAGAGAGCUUUACAAUUCGAGCGAUAAUCUCAUCCAAAAAAAAUUGCCUAAAGCAUAUGAACUAA